AUGCCAGUUGACAAGAUCAAAGUAUCGAGUGAUUCCCGCAUUGAGUACAAGACCGCUACACUCAACGGCCGUAACUAUUCUUACCUUCUGAGCCAGCCUAAAUCAGGCCAAUAUAAAUCCACUGUCUUCCUGAUCCAUGGCUUCCCGGAUCUCUCCAUGGGAUGGCGGUAUCAGAUUCCCAUGCUCGUAGACAUGGGCUUGCGGGUGGUAGCUCCCGACUGCCUCGGAUAUGGACGAACAGACGCCCCUGACGAGAGCGCCCCGUAUUCCCACAAAAGUUGCGCAGCGGACAUCAAAGCCCUAGCAACCCAUCUAGGCGAAACCCAAAUCAUUCUAGGCGGACAUGACUGGCAAGUACCCCCAUCAAACUUCCACAGAACCGCAUAUGUAGCUAACACACAAGACAGGGGCGCAGCACUGGUCUACCGCAUCGCUCUCUGGCAUCCAGAGCUAAAUAUUUCCAUUGAAGACCUUGUCCGCAGCGUGACACCGCACUUCGGGUACCAGCUGCAAUUCAAGAGCGGGGAUCUGGAGAAGGUCAUUCGGUCUAAGGAUGAGAUUCGCCAGUUUUUGCUUGCGCUUUAUGGGGGGCGUACGGAGGCGGGCGAGUUUGGAUUUGAUGCCAAUAAGGGUGUUUUGGUUGAUACGCUUGGCAAGUUGAAGAUUUCGAGGUUGUUGAGUGAGGAGGAGUUGGAGUUUUAUACGAAUGAGUUUGCUCGAAGUGGAGUUCAUGGACCACUUAACUGGUACCGCACUCGCGACGUGAACUUUGAAGAUGAGCUUGCUAUUCUCGACAGGGUGAUCCAGGUGCCUACGCUGUUUAUCCAGGGGUUGAGGGAUCAAGCUUUGCCGCCGCAUUUGGGCAAACAUAUGGCCAAGCAGGUCCCGCAACUGACCCUGAAGCAGGUUGAUACCGGGCACUGGGCUUUGUGGGAGAAGCCUGAGGAAGUCAAUGAGAUUAUUGGAACUUGGUUGAAGGAUCAGUCUGCUGAUGGAAGGACCGGCAAGCUCUGA